AGGGAAUUGAACACCUGAGGGCAUACACAGGUGUACAUCAUUGCGCGCAAUUACGCACGCGGCGCAGAAUCACCACGGGUCCAUGCUGCGUUUAUAUUCUAUGGUGUACAGCUGGUCGCGUCCCAAACAACAAUUUUCAUUAGGAAAAAAACACAAGCAACUCUUUAACGCAGCUUGUCAAACGGUGACUUUAUCAGACAAUAUCAUGCAUCGUCAUCUUUCAAAGGCAACUGUAGGCCUACAUUGCGCGGUGAUUUCUUUCUGCCUAUUUGCAUGUGUUGCUGGAGUAUGCAAUGUUGCACAUUGCAGUAACCCCAGCACCUGUAUAUUAUCUUUUGAUGGGCAGAGCUGUAAAUGUGCUCCAAGAUAUUAUGGAGAUCUUUGUGAAAAAGUGGCUUCGGUGCAACUCUUGUGCGGCAUGGACUACAUCACCAUCGCAAUCAACGAGGAUUUCUUCAAGUAUUACAACGUCCCAGUGGAAUCUCUGCACUUGGCAAACAAGAGCUGCCGAGCACAUAAGGAAGACAUCUCUGGUGUCCAGUAUUACAUGGUGCAAACCACCAAAGAAAAGUAUGCUGCCUGUGGAGGCAAACCUCUGGAGAAAAAUAUCACACACAUUGCAUAUUCCUUGACACUGAUGUCAGAGCCAAACGUGCACGAGAAUAUCAUCCGAGAUCCCACUGUGAAGAUUGAUUACACAUGUGUGUACCCUUACAUGCGAACAAUCAGCCUUCCCUUCCCUGUAAUACCCUUCGCAAGUGAGACAAUCAUGCGGAUCGAUGAUUUGGACGCAAAGGUGGAAAUGUCCCUGUUUAAGGACCACACCUACACCGAUGCCUUCAGCAGCGCUCCCAUGCUUCAGCUCAGGGACAGAGUGUAUGUUCAGGUGUCCGUCACGGAGCCCAGAGAUUUCUUCCUGUUAAGUGUGCAGGAAUGCUGGGCUUCCCAGUCAGCGGAGCACAACGACACCUCAGCCUUGACUUACACGCUGCUUUCGAACGGGUGUGUGAAGGAUGACACUGUAGUGUUUGAGGAUGAUGCGCUGAGUGACAGUACUUUGAACGGCCAGGGCUCCACUGUGCGCUACUCCUUCAGCAUGUUCCGCUUCGUAGCCCAGCCCAGUGUCCUCUACCUGCACUGCAGGGUGAACCUGUGCACUAACGAGGAUGCUGAGCCAUGCAGACCUACGUGCAAAAGCAUUGUCAAGAGAGCCGCUGAAAGAGUGGACUCGGAGGAGGGAAAUCAAGGUCUGCUGUCCUAUGGCCCAAUUAAAGUACACACCGCAGAGGCUCCUACAUCCAAGCUGGUGCUUAUGCUGAUGCUUCCUGUGGGCGCAGUGUGGCUCCUUGGAUUGGUUCUUCUCAUCCUCACCACUUAUGCCAAGACCAGAGCCAGAGGAUCUCCUUCGACUUUAUGACAGAAAUAAAAUGUGUUUUGUAACUUU